CGCAAAUAUUCACAACUUGUGUUUUUGUUCACAUGGUGUAUUCACUGACUAGCUCGUCGAUGUUGAAGCCUUGCUCUUGCCCGCCGCCCCCUACUGGCAUGGACGGCAUGAGCGAUGUAUCUGUGGCGACGGUGGUCCGCCAGAUGUUGUGGAGGUCGGUGUUGUGGAGGUCAAACAACGACGACGCAUCGAGUUCUAAGAUCGCUGACGGAUCAUAUUCGUCGGCGGGCGUCAUGCUCCAGUCCUUUGCCAACGAUCCAAGGUGCGCGAGGAGAUUUGUCUCGUCGAGACAUGCGGACGCAGCCGUCGUAGACGACGCUUCGUCGUCUGCGAGGGAGUCGCAUUGACUGCCGAGGUUGUCCAAUGUCUGGACAACGUCGCUCACUCGUUGCCCGGACGACGCCGAAUCAUGCGUCAGCGCGUCCCGGGCUUCGUACAUCGACUUGAGGCGGGUGCAUGUGUCUGCAUACUCGGAGGACACCGCCGCCGAGGACGUCGCGGCACUGGAGGAGGUAGCGUUUCCGUCCAUCCCGGUUGCUUGCCACCUGUUGUACUUGGCAUGUUCGGCCGACAGCGGCUGCACUUCCAGCAGCAACAGACACAACUCGACGAGAUCGACGUUAGGCAGGACGGAGAUCCAGCUGCGGGGCUCCACGCCCGUGGUGAGGAACGUCGACACGUUGUACAUGCCUUCGCCGGCCCACAGAUCAUGCAGGCCCUGGCGCAGAUUGCGCGCCUGCGCUUCCGACUUGCGGCGAUUCUUCCAAAUCGUGAGCGCCGUGCGGAGGAUGUUAGGGAAGUAGUGGCGGUUGAGGCCUCGCUUGUGGUAGCGCGGGUGACAAAAGUACGCGAGCAGGUACAGGCCAUCGCCGACCUUAUCGAGGACGCUCCAGAUCUCGUUGAUCGGCGGCGUCAUCUGCGCAAACUGCUUGGUGGACAGUUUGUUUGGCGAUGGGGACGAGCACAAGUUAAGCAGGAGCGCGUUGAUCGAUACAAAGCCGGCGUAGCAGUCGGCGAUGGACACGUCCGCGGCAUGGAAGAGGUCGAAGAGGGUCUUGAUGGGGCGGAAGAGUACAAGCAAGCUGCGCAAGUUAUUCCAAAACUCUGGGCGGCAUGUGUAGUUGACGAGUUGGGGCGACGGCAGGAACGGGCAAUUUGAUCGAAAUGCUUGGGUGAUUGUGGGCUUGAUCACGCUUUCAUUGAUGUGGAUCGAGUACAGGGAUAAGAUGCAGUCCGACAAGUUUGUGGCGGAGAACUGAACCAGUCGGCACCGGUGGACGUUCAUCUGGGCCGCUGUGUCGUGCAGCAAAAGCAUCACGUCGGGCGACUGGCGAAAGUACGAUAGAAUCGACCCCGCGACCAUAAACACAUGGUUGAUAUCGGGGAUCUUCAUCCACUCGCGAAGGAGGUAGUUGGUCAGCUGGGCCAUGCACCGGACGGGGAGGAUCCACGGAUAUGCGGCGGACACCUCGUCCGCUGCCUGCAGCAAGUCCGCGUCGUCGUCCGUACACACGCCGAUGAACCGCUCGGGGGACACCUCCAUGAGCACGGGCGUGAGCACGUGGUUGCCUAGGCGCUGCAGCGACUCGUCGUCGUUCGGGAAGGACACGAUACUCCAGAUGAUGCUCACGCGGUUCUGGUUGGUCAGGUUGAUGUGGAUAAUGCGCUGGUUGGACGCGUCGCGCCGCCCUGACGGUGUCAGCGUGAUGCGGUGGAAGCCGCUGGCCACGACGUCCUUGAGCUUGGCCAUCUCGGCGGCGUACUGCUGCACGACGAGUGUCCGCAGGUCGUCGCCGGACACGGGCUUGUACGAAGAGUUGAUGCCUCGCAACCAGUCGCGAAAGUGCUUGUUGUCGGCAAUGUCGAUGGGAAUGUUGUUGCACACAAACGCUUUGACCAUCAAGAUCUUCUCAAGGGGAUCGCUUUGUCCCAUGCUGCCCAUGGCGCCGUUUCCUUUGCCUUUAACAUGAUGAUGGGCCAUGCCAUGCUUCAACGCGUCGCGAUGGUGCAUCAUGAUGGCGGACGUAAGACCUAGUGGGGACAUGACGCCACCGCUACCGUCCAGGUGGGUCUUCGAGGAUCCAUCUUCGCCAUCUUUGUCUCGCUUUCGACGUUUGAUCGGAGGCCCAAGACCUUCAGCAACAAUGCCCAAACUACGAAGCUUCACGGGGACCUCGCCUGGGCAGUCGGUGGCGAUGUGCGACUUCAUCUGAGACAAGUCAGCAUACUUCCAUUGCCGAAUGCAGUAGUUGCACUUGGCAGCUCGGACGCGGCUGAUACCAUGACGAUCCCCCCGCGUGAAGUGGUCCCAUACCGGGUCGGAGCGCGGUCCAGAUCGGCCAUCAUUCGACGAGUCCAUCGGAAGGGAGUUUGAAUUCGAUUUGAAUGGAGGCG